AUGACUUCAGCCGCUUUAAGUACCUUUUUGGUCUUGGCUCUUAGCUCUGCCCCUGGGGUGUCUAGUGUCCCGACAGCAAUCGAUUCGGUAUAUGGGGAUCUCACCCCACGAGCGCUCCCCAAUGCGCCAAAUGGUUAUGUCCCUACCAAUGUGACCUGCCCAGCUAGCAGGCCUCAGAUUCGGAGUGCAGCCUCUCUCUCAACAAAUGAAACCGCAUGGCUCCAAGUGCGACGCCCAGAGACCAUCUCUGCGAUGAAGGAUUUCUUUAGCCAUUUGAAUAUGACCUCCUUUGACGCCGUUUCCUACAUCAACCACCACGAGGGAAACCUUUCAAACAUCCCCAACAUUGGCAUUGCGGUGUCUGGUGGCGGUUAUCGAGCGCUGACCAAUGGUGCAGGCGCAAUCAAGGCCUUUGAUAGUCGAACCGAAGGAUCCACGCAAGUCGGACACCUGGGGGGCCUGUUACAGUCCGCCACCUAUCUAUCGGGGUUGUCUGGAGGCAGUUGGCUUCUAGGGUCCAUCUACAUCAACAAUUUCACGACCAUCUCCAAUCUCCAAACCUAUGACGAAACCGAAGUUUGGCAAUUCCAAAAUUCUAUCAUCAAAGGGCCCAAGACGGGAGGAUUGCAGGUUUGGGAUACGGUCAAGUAUUACCAUGAGUUGGAGAAAGUUGUCAAGGGGAAGAAGGACGCCGGGUUUAAACUCUCCUUUACCGAUUACUGGGGGCGCGCUCUUUCCUACCAGUUGAUUAACGCCACAGAUGGUGGGCCGGACUAUACAUGGUCAUCCAUUGCCUUGACCGAUGAUUUUCGCAAUGGCAAAAUGCCUAUGCCCCUUGUCGUUGCCGACGGGAGGAACCCCGGAGAGGUGCUUAUCGGCAGCAACUCCACCGUGUACGAGUUCAACCCUUGGGAAUUUGGCACCUUUGAUCCCUCAAUCUUUGGCUUUGCUCCCCUGGAAUAUCUUGGAUCUCACUUCGACAGCGGCGUCGUGGUCUCUGGGGACGCUUGUGUUCGAGGAUUCGAUAACGCAGGCUUUGUCAUGGGGACCUCGUCGACUCUAUUCAACCAAUUUGUUCUCCACUUGAAUAGUACGGAUAUUUCCUCGGGCCUGAAGGACAUCCUCCGUGAUAUUCUGACAGACUUGGGCGACCACGACGAUGAUAUUGCCCUCUACUCGCCCAAUCCCUUCUACAACUACCAGAACGCCACCCACGCCUACGAGAAAACCAGUGCUCUGAACGUGGUUGACGGCGGCGAAGAUGAUGAGAACAUCCCCCUUCAUCCACUCAUCCAGCCAACCCGCAAUGUGGACGUUAUCUUCGCGGUGGAUUCAUCCGCCAGCACCAACCUCAGCUGGCCCGACGGCGGUCCUCUGGUGGCCACCUACGAGCGCUCUCUCAACUCAUCCGGCAUGGGCAAUGGCACCGCAUUCCCCAGCAUCCCGGACAGAAACACCUUUAUCAACCUCGGCCUGAACACCCGGCCCACCUUCUUCGGAUGCAACAGCUCCAAUAUCACAGGCCAGGCGCCCCUCGUCGUCUACCUCCCCAACUAUCCGUAUACCACCUACUCCAACACAUCCACCUUCAAGCUCACCUACGAGAUCUCCGAAAGAGACGACAUGAUCACCAACGGAUACAACGUCGUGACCAUGGGCAACGCAACCCGAGAUAACUACACCGACUGGCCUAGCUGCGCAGGCUGUGCGAUCUUGAGUCGGUCUUUCGACCGUACGGGCACGGAGAUGCCAGCCGUUUGCACGCGGUGCUUUGAAAAGUACUGCUGGGAUGGAACGCGGAAUAGCACCACACCAGCCCCGUACGAGCCCUCACCGAUUAUGCUAACGACAACCACCAAGAAGGAAAACUCGGGGUUGAGAAACACCUUUAAUUCGGGGUUCGCUCUGCGGGUUUCGUGCGCAGUGCUGCUUGGGGCUUUACUUUCCUAA